AUGCCUUCUGAAGACUUUUUGCAGCGUUACCGACAAAGCAUCGAAGACGAGUUGUUUCAAAACGUGUUGACUUUUUGGGACCGACACAGUGUCGACCUGGAAUUGGGUGGUUUUUUUGCUUGCUUGGAUGAAGACGGGGACAUCUAUGACAGGCGGAAAUUUAUGUGGCUGAAUGGGCGCCAAAUCUACAUGUAUGCAACAUUAGCGGAAACUUAUACCGAUGAUGAACUGUUCUCACUGAGCAACUCCAAACUGAGCAGAGACAAACUUUUGAAAGAUGCAGAAGUGGCAGCAAACUUCAUGUACGCACAUGGGGUUCGUGAAGAGGAUGGAAAGGUAUAUUUUUCGUUGGCAGAAGAUGGGCAACCGUACCAUAUCGAACGCAAAAUUUUUUCGGCUUGCUUCUUGUGUCUUGGAGUAGGCUCUGUCGGUGCUGUUCUGAAGAAAGAUGGUGAAGACAGGGCGGCAAAAUUCAUUGAAAAGUGUGUCUGGUUGUUGAAACGAAUUGUGACUUGGAGCCGGGAUCCGUCUUUGCUUGGAAGGGAAACUUGUGCAGGUGCUCCCAUCACAAGUCCCAUGAAUGUUCCCAUGAUCAUUUUGAAUGUGCUGCACGAGUUGCAGACAAAGGGCGCACUUUCAACUGAAUCGGCCGCUCGCGCUGGCAUUGAUUUGGCCAUGGAGGAGGAGUGGUGCAUUUCUGAGAUUUUGAAGCACGUGAAGAGAGAACGAAAACAAGUGCUUGAAGUUGUCCUUGCUGAUGGUUCUUUGUGCCCAGGCUAUGAUGGACGACACAUGAACCCCGGACAUGCCAUUGAAGCUGGCUGGUUUGUCCUUCAGUAUGCCAAUCGCAGCGGCAGGGCUGAUCUAGUUCAAGUGGCAGAGCAGAUGAUUACCUGGUCGUUUGAGGAAGGCUGGGACAAAGAACAUGGUGGUUUGUUUUAUUUUCUUGAUGCAGAAGGCCGUUCUCCCGUGUAUUUGGAAUGGGACAUGAAACUCUGGUGGCCACACAAUGAGGCCAUGAUUGCUUUUGCGAUGUUGUAUGAAACUUUGGGGAAGGAAGAACAUUGGGAGUCCUUUGUGAAAGUGACGGACUAUGCCAUGAGCCACUUUAGCGACCCUCACAAUGGGGAAUGGUAUGGCUACCUGAAUCGUGAAGGGAAGGUGACACACCGCUUCAAGGGCGGACCAUACAAAGGUUGCUUCCAUGUGCCUCGAAGUUUGUUCAUGGUCCACCAAAUCUUGCGCCGCUGUUCAGCCAAAGCUGGUGUUGCUUCUGACUGA